UAGGGAGGGCGAGAGGCGGGACGAGCUGGUUAGAUCGGCGCAUGCGCCCCCCGCCAUCUCCCCUCUUCGCAUUGCGGAGCGCGUGCGCGGCAGCGCCUCCGGUGGCGGCGGCGGCGGCGGCAAGAUGGCGGAGCCUGAGCAGAAGCGGCGGAUUCCGUUGGUGCCGGAGAACUUGCUGAAGAGGAGGAAGGCCUACCAGGCCAUCAAGGCCACCCAGGCCAAGCAGGCGCUGCUCAACAAGCGCAAGCUCCAGAAGGGGAAACAAAUCCAGUUUAAACGCCUUGAGACUUUUGUUCGAGAUUCAUGGCGCAAACGCCGAGAUGACGUCCGGCUGAGGCGCAUGGAGCAGCGACCUGGGCAGGUGUCUGUACCUAAGGAGCACAGACUGGCCUUUGUUGUACGGAUUACAGAGAUUAAAGGAGUGAGCUUGAGAGUAAGAAGAGUGAUUGAGUUGCUGCGGCUAAGAAAAAUUUUCAGUGGAACAUUCGUUAAAUUGUCUCCAUUAUCGCUGAAGAUGCUGCGGAUUGUAGAACCUUAUGUGGCUUGGGGGUAUCCUAACUUGAAAUCUGUGCGAGAGCUCAUCCUGAAACGGGGCCAAGGAAAGGUUAACAAGAAGAGAGUACCUCUGACGGACAAUAUGUUGAUAGAGGAACACUUAGGCAACUUUGGUAUUAUUUGCCUGGAAGACCUUAUUCAUGAAAUCUACUCAGUUGGGAGGUAUUUCAGAAAUGUCACAGACUUCUUGUGGCCGUUCCAGCUGUCAGUGGCCCGCCAUGCUGCACAUAAUAAAGUGGGUUUCCUCAAGGAGAUGGGUAAGCCUGGCUGCAGAGGUGAAGGAAUCAACCAGCUUAUACGUCAGCUGAACUAGACAGUCUGCGAAAAUACUGUGAUUUAUAACCUGCUCUUUCACAUGUAAUUUUCAUCGACCUGGGCUCUCUACAAUGAUAUGCUACAUCUCUUGACUGUUGCUACCUUCACCAUCAAAAUCCAGGUGACAAAAGCUGCACUCCAGGCUGGUCCUUGAGAAAGAAAUUGUAUUUGGUGCAAAAAAAAGAAAUGACUUGAACUUUCUGGAGCAAUCU